GUUGUGAUAUCAUUGUAUUAAAAUAAUUUUAUAAUUUAAAAUAAAUAUAAAAUAUAUAUAUUAAUUUCAUCGUAAGUUAAUGCCAAUCUAUUUAUUAUAAUGUCAGAAGAAAAAGCAGAAAAAAGGCCUAAUAGUCCAGAACCAACAAACGCUGGAGAAGUUGAUGAUGGUGAAGAAUGGAUUGGCCCUAUGCCUUCUGAGGCAGCAAAGCCAAAAGCUAAAAAACGUAAAGUUUUGGAAUUUGAGUCACUAUACCUAGAGAACUUGCCUUCAUCGGAGACUUACGAAAGAAGUUAUAUGCAUAGAGAUGUUGUUACACACAUUGUGGUAACAAAAACAGACUUUGUAAUCACUGCUAGCCAGGAUGGACACAUAAAAUUUUGGAAAAAACAGGAAGAAGGGAUUGAAUUUGUAAAGCAUUUCCGCUGCCACUUGGCACCAAUCAGCCAUCUUGCAGCCAACAGUACAGGCACAUUGCUCUGCACUGCAUCUACUGAGAAGACUAUUAAAGUUUUUGAUGUUGUUAAUUUUGAUAUGAUAAACAUGAUAUCAAUAGAGUUUGAACCAUACUGUGCAGAAUGGGUGCAUUCUGCUGGUGAUCCUAUUUCAGCAUUGGCCGUGUCAGAAAAGAACAGUAAAAAAAUACAUAUAUUUGAUGGACAGCAAGUUUCCGGUUCCCCACUACACACAUUUGAGUCACAUCAAAGUGAGGUUGCAACAAUAAAAUACAAUCCAGUAUUUGAAGUGGCCGUGUCUGUUGACAAAGCUGGUAUUAUAGAGUACUGGACGGGACCCAAACAUGAAUUUGAGUUUCCGAGGAAUGUUAAAUUUACUUCUAAAUUGGAUACAGAUCUGUUUGACUUUGUGAAGAGUAAAACUUACCCAACUUCACUUGAUUUUUCACCGGAUGGAAAGAAAAUGGCAUCAAUAAGUUUAGAUAGAAAGGUUCGCGUGUUUCAUUUCCUGACGGGAAAACUGCACAAGGUUAUAGAUGAGACAUUGCAGCGCUUCCAGGAACUACAGCAUCAGACACAGCAGCUUCCGAAUAUGGAGUUCGGCAGAAGAAUGGCGGCGGAGCGCGAGCUGGAGAAGUCGGAGGCGGCGUCGCUCGCCAACGUGGUGUUCGACGCCAGCGGUCACUUCGUGGCCUACGCCACCAUGCUGGGCGUGCGCCUCGCCAACCUCGCCACCAACCGCUGCGUGGCCACGCUCGGCCGCCCCGAGAACCUGCGCCCGCUGCGCCUCGCGCUGUUCCAGGGUCGGACGAACCAAUCUAAAGUGGCGACCACACUCGAGAUGGAAGGUUCGGAAAACCCCGCUCUGUUAAACGUUAAAACUGACCCAACGCUGUUCUGUACGGCGUACAAGAAGAACCGAUUCUACAUGUUCUCGAGGCGGAGUCCCGACGACGUUAAGAGUCCCGAUGCGGACAGAGACAUCUUUAACGAGAAACCGUCGAAGGAAGAUAUUAUAUCUGCAACUGAAGGACAAGGAGUUCAGCGUCUUUACGAGCAGGCCAUCCUCCACACGUCUCUGGGAGAUAUCCACAUUCGUCUUUUCGGUAAAGACGUCCCUCGUACAGUCGAGAACUUCUGCGGCCACGCGCGCAAUGGUUACUUCAACGGUCACAUAUUUCAUAGAGUUAUCAAGGGCUUCAUGGUACAGACGGGAGAUCCCACAGGAACGGGCACAGGCGGGGAGAGUAUAUGGGGUGGCGAGUUUGCAGACGAGUUCCGACCCCAGCUCAAGCACGACCGGCCCUACACCGUCAGCAUGGCCAACGCCGGACCCAACACCAACGGAAGCCAGUUCUUCAUCACACUCGCACCCACUCCAUGGCUGGAUAAUAAGCACACGGUGUUCGGUCGAGUGGUACGUGGCAUGGAGGUGGUUCAGAACAUCGGCAGCGCUAAAACCAACCCCAAGACAGACAAACCAUACGACGACAUACGAGUCAUCUCCGUCACUGUCAAAUAAAUAUAAAUAUUUUUGUGAAUUUAAUGUAAAUGAUAAUGAUAAGCAAUAAAUAUUUUGUACAAUAA